UUAUGAGCUAAUCAGGAUCUGAAGAAGGAAGAGUGGCCAAGAACGAAAAACUCUAGACCUGGACCUCAGCAGGCUUCUAACUGCUGACCUUUCUUCCAUUCUCUUCCAUUGCUGAGAAGAAUUGGUUGGCUUUCUCUAGUCAACAUUCUCAGUGCAGACAAAAAGUGAGAAAUCUUCAAAAUGUCCCAGCCAGCGGGGAAGGGUCAUUCGUUUGCUUCUCCCAAGUCAAAACAAUACUCGAGGGACUACAGUGGAAACCAAGACAUAAUAGAAAAAGAAAACCAGAAGAUGGCUGAAGCGCAAUUACGGACACUCCAGCAACAGUUCAGGAGAAUGGUGGAGCAACGGAAGUCUUUUAGUGCUAAGUCUCAGCAGCAGAUAAUGAGCCAGUGUAAAGAGAUAAAUGUCUUGCAAGAGGAGCAAGAUGAGAUCACUCUGCUUUUGAAUCUUGUAAGAUCACCCAAGAACUUGAAGCUGGAUGAUAAAAAUUAUACUGAACUCAAAUUUUUGCUACAAACCAAGGACGAAUAUGAUGCUUUAAUCAAGGCAAUGAAAUCCCUAUUAGGAGAACUGGAUGAGAAGAUAAUGGACAUAGAAAACAAAAUCUUGGAACAAAAACGGAUCUGGAUGAGAAAACAGGAAACCCAAAGCCCCCGAAAGUUACAAAAGCAAAUUUCUCUGCUGGAGACCCAUUUAAAUCUGGUCACUGUCCACUUUGACAAAAUGCUAACCACCAAUUCCAAGUACCGGCAUGCCAUAGAGGAUCUGCGGUUUGAGAAGGCAGCAUAUGAUCAUGUCUAUCAGCGGCUCCAUCGUCGGCUUAUCACGCAGAAGAAAACGAUGAAUGUAGCCAUUGAGCAGUCUACACAAGCUUACAACCAGCGGCAAGAAGCAUUGGCUCGAAUAGAAGCCAUGAAGGAACGACGGGAAAAAGACACCUUCCAGUACAAAUUGGAGUUUAGGGAGCUGGAACGCAUUUAUGAUCAUGAAGCAAAGCUGAAGUCCUUCUUAUUCAUCAAACUUAUGGACCGAAGUGAAUUUGAAGAAAAGGCCAGAAAGGAAGAAGCUCUCAAGGCCAGCAAGCCCAAAAAGAAGCUUAAGGAGGAGAGCUUCCAGAGCUACGAGGUAGCCCACAUGCGCCUGCUCAAGCUGUCCGAGCACGGGAAUCUGGAACAGUUGGUGAGAGACUACCUGGCAGAGGAGGAGAAGAACUUUGCUCGAUUCAACUACGUCACAGAACUGAACAAUGAAAUGGAGAUGCUGCAAAAGAAAAUCCAGAAUAUCCAGGAUGAGAUUUCCCUGAUGAAAUCUAAGCAGCAAGUUUCUGAUAAUGAAGGUCAACAGACUGUAAAGGAAUUGGAGGCAAAACUGAAAAAGACUGAAGAAGAUGCCGACCGAAUUGAGAACACCAACAAAGAGAUUAACAAGACUCUUGACCAGCUCAAAUCUUCUGUGGAGUUACUGUUCAAAAAGAUCAACUGUGAUAGUACCAAGAUUAUGGAACACUUAGGGGAAACAGGGUCUAUCACAGACAUUAAUUUGAUACAGUACUUUGGGAUCAUUGAGCAGAAAACAAAUGCUCUCCUAUUGUUGGAAUCCUGUAUUCGCUUACUGGAAAAAGAAAAGAAUCCAAAAGCCAAAGGUUUGGGAAACCCUUUCUGGGGUGGGGCACCACUCCUGAAGUUGGCAGAACCCCUCAAGGGCUUGAGCCCAUUAGUGAUGACUGAAGGCACAAGUGAAAAAUUGGAGGAAUCUGACCAACUUCUAGAUCACAGUGAUCUUCGUAAGAUGGUGGCAGAAAAUUACAAUUUCAAAGUUUUAUUGAAUGAAAAAGAUGAUAUCAAAGGCAGGAAGAAGACAUUGACUACAUAG